AGAGAGAGAGCACUCAAGAUGGCGGCGGCUGGAGGCGGAGGGGACUUGGACGGCGGCGGCGGCCACGGCGGCGUCUCAGAGAACGGCGCCCUCUCCCAGGAAGCGGAGGCCGGCACGGACGCGGAGAGCGACUCGGAGGUGUUUUCGUGCGUGGCUCACUGUUCCGAACUGGCCUGGCGGCAGAACGAGCAGCGGCAGUUGGGCCUCUUCUGUGACGUCACGUUGGCUUUCGCCGCCGGCGGCGGCAGUAACGGCGGCGAGGAGGAGGCGGAGGCAGCGGCGGAGGGGCGGAGGGAGAAGGGCGCCAGCCUCGGAGCCUCCUUCCCCAGCGCCGAACCGCCCGCUCGGGAGUUCCGCGCCCACCGCUCGGUCCUCGCAGCCGCCACCGAAUACUUCGCCCCCCUCCUCUCGGGGGACUUCGCCGAGUCCCGGUCGGGCCGUGUGGAGCUGCGCAGAUGGAGCUCCGAGGCCGGGCCGGACCCGGAGACGGUGGAGGCCGUCAUCGGCUUCAUGUACACGGGCCGCGUCCGCGUCAGCCCCGGCAACGUCCACGAGGUCCUGGAGCUGGCCGACAGGUUUUUAUUGUUGCGUUUAAAGGAGUUCUGUGGGGAAUUCCUGAAAAAGAAACUGAACCUCUCUAACUCGGUGGCCAUCCAUAGCUUGGCUCACAUGUAUUCGCUGAACCAACUGGCAUUGAAAGCUGCUGACAUGAUCAGGAGGAACUUCUACAAAGUCAUCCAAGAUGAGGAGUUUUUCACUUUGCCAUUUCACCUCAUCAGAGACUGGCUUUCAGAUUCAGAAAUCACAGUGGACUCAGAAGAAGUUCUCUUUGAGAUGGUUUUAAAGUGGGUUCAAAGAAACCCUGAUGAAAGAGAAAAGUACUUUGGGGAACUCUUUAAACUUCUCCGUCUUUCUCAGAUGAAACCCACUUACUUGACCCGACAUGUCAAAUCUGAAAGGCUUGUAUCCAGUGAUGAAGCUUGUCUCAAUCUUGUGUCAGAAGCAGUAGAAAGCCAUGCUCUCAGGGCUGAGAAUUUGCAGUUAGGCACCCUCCAACAAGUCACUUCUGCAACAUGCCUGCCUCGCUUUGGGCAAAACAUGGAUGUUAUCAUGGUUAUUGGUGGUGUGUCCGAGGGAGGCGACUACUUGAGUGAGUGUGUGGGGUAUUUUAUUGACGAAGAUAGAUGGGUGAAUUUACCUCACAUACACAAUCAUCUCGAUGGACAUGCUGUUGUAGUGACAGAGUCCUAUGUUUAUGUAGCAGGAUCCAUGGAGCCUGGCUUUGCCAAAACUGUAGAAAGAUACAACCCAAAUCGAAAUGUCUGGGAGCAGGUUUCCAAUCUGAUAACCAGGAAGCAUUCUUUUGGCCUUGCCGAGGUAAAAGGGAGCCUGUACAGCAUUGGUGGGCAUGGGAAUUUUAUCCCUGGUUUCAAAGAUGUAGCUGUCUACCACCCUGAUCAAGACAAGUGGCAAAAUUUGGAGUCUGCACCAAAGAUACUUCGGGAUGUCAAAGUGGUCACUGUAGAUGACAGGUUUGUGUAUAUGGCUGCCCGCACACCAGUUGACGGGGAUAGUGAGGAAGGCUUAAGAGCUGUCAUCAUCCGAUAUGAUGUAGAUGCAAGACAGUGGCAGGAUUCUGAGUCUCUGCCACUCCUGGACAACUAUUGUUGUUUUCAGAUGGCUGUGGCGAACACAAACUUUUACCACACAGCCUCAUGUUGUCCUAGGAGCUACCCACAGGAUCAUGAAGAAGUCAAGAGAAAGAUCUCUAGCCAGGUGUCCGAUGACAUUCUGGAAAGUUUACCCCCAGAGGUUCUUAGUAUUGAAGGGGCAGCUGUCUGCUAUUACAAAGAUGAUGUGUUCAUCAUAGGUGGAUGGAAGAACAGUGAUGACACAGACAAACAAUACAGGAAAGAGGCGUAUCGCUACUGUGCUGAGAGGAAGCGCUGGCUGUUGCUCCCUCCCAUGCCCCAGCCUCGCUGUCGUGCAACAGCCUGUCAUGUCAGAAUCCCCUUCCGGUCCUUGCAUGGUACCCAGAGAUAUCCAAUGCCGCAAAACCUAAUGUGGCAGAAGGACCGGAUCCGGCAGAUGCAGGAGAUACACCGUCAUUCCUUAAGUUUGCGGAGGAUGCCACGGUCACAAAUAGAGUGCUAACUUGAAUAAAUGGAGUUUGAAAAAUGCCUUUCUGUCUUGCCAUGCUCAGCAUGGUCCUCUAACUGUAACCUAAGCAGUUACGUUUAGGCACUGAGGAUUAUUGAAGGAGAUCUAGUUUUCUGGGCGUUAAAUAGGUUGAGAGGAUUGUGAGCAUCACAUAUGAACUUGGAUGUAUUUUAGCCAUAAUAUGGAGGUAGGCACAGUUUUCAAACUCUUCAAUCCUUUAGUUUUCCCCACAGAUGGGAUGCAGAUAUAGAGGCCAGCAAAAUAAUUGUUCUGGAAAUCUGUAGAUGUGUUCACAGAUGUGCAGUGUUACAGCACAGCCUCCCUCCCCCUUUCCCUGGAGUUUAUUCCAUUUAGGUGUGGGUGAAGGAGAAUUUUCCAGUGUAUUGGGGCCUCUCAAUUCCUCUUAAAGCAUUUAUACAGGUUGUGUGAAGUAUUUUUUACUUAUUUUAAAAUACUGAUAAAUCUCAUACCAUUUCAAAAUUUGCAGUUUAACCCAUUAGUUUUAUUUGCUUUCGCAAAAUUAUUUCUUUUUUUUAAAAAAAACUGCAGUUGCUAUGAAUGCGCUUGAUUUUCUUAAACUUGGAGCCAUGUGCAAUAGUUUAAUAACAAACAAACCCCUAUAUAUUAUAAGUAAAGCACAAUCUUUCACAGAGCUUCAAAACGUUCCUAUGCUUAUAAAUAUUUUAUAGUUAUAUUUAUCUAGAGGCAUUUGAGUUUACAAAGAGAUUGUGGUGAAAACCGGAUAUUCUAAUAGUUGAAUUAUUUUCAGUCCUAUACUAAAAGAUUUCAGAGUCCUUACUUUUGAGGGUUUCACUGUAAUUUUUGGUGAUGCCCUUUUCUACUUUGGAGUAGUCCCAUUGAUUUCAAUAAAAUUAAUAUGUAUAUGGUUCAGGAUUGUGGCCUUAAAGGAAUGAGUGAAAAGACCAAAAAGAUAAGCACUACAAGUCCAAAUUCAUAAUCUGAAGGAAUUGGGUGUUCAUUAAUGCAGGGAGAAAGCUCAAUGAACUCUGUGUGUUCAGGUAAGUCUGAUUAGGGGGGGGGGGAAACUCAACCUGCCUUUGACAAUCAAAUAUAUUUGCCUUUAUGAUGCUCCAUUCCUUGUUCUGACUGUGUUGAGUACUUGAGACUGUUUGGAGUGGAACAGUUGCCUCAGUUAUAAUUUUGAUAGUAAGGGUCCAAGUCUCGCCAAUGUCUUAAUGGUGUUUUGGCAGAAAAUAAAAUAGAGAAAAAUUAUUUGAGUCUGGUGGAAGUUUUGUGCUGCUUUCAUCCCUCAAAAAAGCAAGGUGUUUGCUUUCUCGAGAAUUUUGUUAAUUUUAUUGGAGAUGUAACUUAUUGGUCCAAUUUAGGGGCACACUUAAGCUUUAGACCAUUACAGAAUUAUUUCUCAGGCAGGCAAACUGCACAGUAAAUAAUUAAUGAAACUCUGUAAUAUCAUAAGUUGGUCCAACAAAAUAUUUCAUUUUACCUUUGUGAAUUUUGUCCUUUUGGGAUCGAUGUGCACCACUUUCUACUGAUACCUUACCAAGUUAUCCAAGGCAGGUUUCUCAUUGAUUUCCUCUGGCCUUAUCACUUCCCUCCCCCUACCCUCCACUGACACCCGAACAUACAGUGGCAGUAUUUAUCCUGCCCCUACUAUUAUCUUCAAUAAAUUACUUCUGGCAUCAUUGUUGACAUAAGGCAGUUUGUGCCCCCUCCACCCCACUGUCAAUGUGUGCAGAAGCUUAAGGUGUGAUGGUAAAGCUAAAGGGAAGUCCUCAGGUGAGAUCAAGACCUGAGUCAUGCAGUCACUGGGCUCUUGUGUAAGUGGAAUACUUGGAAUAAAAUUGGUCACUAUUUCCGAGUUUCUGCAAAGGAUCUCAAAUGUUAUUUUCCCUGGUUUCUGCCCUUCCUAUGUCUUUUGGUGGUUUCCCCUCUGUUAACUUGUCCAGGUUUAUAUGAUACUUAAUUCAGGAUAAUUGAGAUGGGACAAGGAGAAAUCAGUAUGUGAGAAAUCUGCAUUGAUCAAGAUUGUUAUGAAAGUUAAUUACAGUAUUGUUGUAAAUGGUAAACAGCAGGGACUUAAAUACUGUCAAUUCUUGUUUUCCAAUUUAGCAAGAAGCAUAACUCAUGUCUGAUACAGUGGGGUAAGUCUUUAAACUGCAUGGGUGUGCACAGGUUUUCUUGACUUGCUUUUGUCCCUUAAUAACUGCCCAUUACAAUAUAUAUUUUGGAUUAGAAAUCUGUGUUCAUUAAAUAACUGUCUUGUUAUCAAGUUCAGACUAACGCAGCCUUUUCAAACAACGGAAGUCACAAACAUUUAAGAGUCCAAUAAUGCCCACUUGCUUGCUUUAAGAUAUAUUGUAUGCACCAGCCAAUUAUUUAUGGAGAAGAUAGAUACUUCAAAAAGCUUGUUGAAAAUUCAGGGCUCAAACAGCCCUGCUCAGUCCAUUGGUACUGAUUAAGAGAAAUACACAGAAUCAUUGCCUAGCAUCAAAUUUUGGAUGCAUCUAUAUGGAAAACAAACUUUAAAAACUGGGAAUUGUGUGUGUUUUUUACAAGGUCUGAAUGUUGUAUGUUAGAAAUUUCUCACAGCACCAGGAUACUUUAAGCAGUUUAAGCUUGUAGUGGAGACACGGCCCUAUGUGUGUCUGUAAAAUGAAACACUAGCUGAAAUGCAACACAAGUUUUGAGAUUUCAUGACAGAUUAUCUGGCCUGCAGUGCAGAAUGGUUGGUAGUCACCACAAAAGAGUAGAAUCAUAUUGACUGUGUACCGUAUCUGUGCAGUUGUUCAGUCUGGCUGGUAAGCGUUGCUUUUUAAAUUAAAUCCUAUGUCACUUUGGAUGUUGCUUGUGAAUGCCAGUCACUUAGUAUACAAGUGUCUACAUGCCUUGCUUUGAGAUUUCUGUUUGCAUGGAGAGUUAAGAGCACACUAGAAAACAGUCCCAUUGUUCCACAUGUAGUGUUAAAUGUUGGGACUUCUUAAUGUAUACUCUGGAUGUUAGGCUACUAACUUGCUCUGUUGUUCUGAGUGCCUCUUAGCACCCCUAAAUAGCACAGCUCAUGUGCUGCAUGCAAAAGUCCUAUCUACUUAGUCAUGUCAUUCCUUGAUGAAACACAGCAGUUGAUAAUUAUUGUUGCCUGGCAAAGGGAAAUCCUGUUACUCCCAGUUGGUGAAGAUUGACAGCUGUAGGCUACAUUUCUAAACAUCACUGAGAGUCCCAAAUCAUUGGAUGUAUGCUACGUUGGCUACGAUACGGCUACUCACCAUACAUAGGUCCUUUUGUUCUCAGCAACUUAAAAGACCUCAAGAAAAUUGCAGUUGAGUUACAGAACAGGCAAGCAUGCCAGCUCUCAGACUUGGGAAAACAAUCUGUCUUAAGCUGUACUGAUUCUCUGCUAUGGCUGAAUGCAUGUUUCACACACUGCCUUCCUCUUGUGAUGCUAUUGGAGACAGCUAGAUCUUUCUGUGAUGCCUGAGCUGACAUUAUUACUGAAGUAAUACUGUCUGUAGGUUACAUAGUCUUCCCAUUAGUAGAUUUAAACAUCUGUCUUGUGUUUGUGUAUUUCAGUGAGGCUUACCCUUACACAGUGAGAGUUAACAGUCAUGUCAAUGCAGUGUUAUUUCUGUAAUCUCUGCAACAUUGCCACAAAUGACUCCUCUGUGCUUGCUGCAGCCUCUACCACAGGAGGGCAGAAUUCAUAUAUAAAAUUAAGAUACCACUAUUUGCAAUGCAACCAGUGGUCCAUUUUUAGGAGGCAUUCCAGAGAAAGAGCUGCUCACAGAAGCCAAGCUAAAUUGGUGGUAUGCACAUCAGUCUGUUCUGCCUCCCUAUUUCUGGGACACUUUCCACAAAGCUAUCCUAGUUGGAAGCCAUUUUUCUCCUUGCUUCCCCUGAGCCCAGUUAAGGUGGCGUUGUAUGUAAGUCUAAAAGUUAGUUGGUAGUCCUUAUAUUUUCUCAUGGAUCAGUGAACCUCGAAAGCAACACGUUUUUUUUCUUCCUUCCUCAUUCCAGCCCCAAUUUGCCUUGUGUCUGCUGCUUAAUAAACUGGGUAACAUAAGCUUCAUAUAAUGAAAUGCAGACAUCCAUCCCUUUGGAAGCUAUGUCUCCUUUUGAAGCUAUGUCCCUAAAGUCUAUUUUUUAAAACCUGCAAAUCAAUAUAUGUUGUACUACGGUUCUGUAACACUAAACUUGAUCUCAAUAAACAUUUUAUUUCUCUA